CCGCGCUGGCAGGUUGGCUUGGGGUCAGGAUGGCAAUGUAUGUGCAAUUCAGGGGCACACCGGAGUUGUAUCGUUAUUCCCGGUCUUGGCCCAACACUUGUUCUGUCAUAAAUAACAACGACCAGGCGAGCUGCUGAACGAAGUCCCUGAUCGACGCAUCUUUUUUCUUUCAGACACCGACCUAGAUCGCCAGGGUUCAUACGAUAUAGGAUGGAACUAGUGAAUUAGCAGCAGUGAGCUAAAUAUUUACCCAAGCGCUGGAAGACGCGCCAUCCGACCUGAAUGAUGCACGCGUCCAAAUGUAUCGUUAAUGUAAUUGCCCACAACCACGCAAAGGGAUCAAGAAAAAGGAGCUCAACGAAGGUGUAAAUCCUUACUUGAGGAAGAUGAGGACCUGGCCUUUGUUGAUAUGACACAAGCUGUGGUACCUAGCGUGCUCUAGAACCGAGCAUAUAAACGUCUCAGUUCCCACCGUUGCCCACCGUUAUCUAUAUCUGACACGUCGAAGCCAACCCCUCUGGAUGCAAGGUUCCCCAUCUGUCUGAUGAGCAAUGAUUGACUACUGUGGACCGUUAUCCCCAGCUGGUUGGCUCAGCAUAAACAAAACCUAUCAGCUGCGCAUCUUGACACAAGUGGUUUGUUUCGGUGCGAACAGUUUGGGCAUAGCACAGAGUCGGGAUCCAUGGAUGACGCUGAUGAACGUUACAACUGUCCACAGUUUUGUUAAAACUUGCCUGCAAAGGAUACAGAGCAUGCUAGAUCAUUUUGCGUCUGGCAUUCCCUAAAUAUCAAGUCGAACAAGUUGGUACAUGUCCAAAUACCUAAUCAGCUACGCAUACGUGUAACCUUCUCAUGGUCCUCAUUUUUCAACCGACACGUCGGGCACAAGCCUUAGAAAAAGGCUCGAAAUUAUACAAAAGUCCCCAGUUGUUGAUUUCCUAGUUCUUCCUUUUGAGCAGCUGUGGAUAUCUGCGAAAUCAGGAUAUAUCACUGAUAACAAUUGCUGUCCUGGUGUACGGACAUUUAGAUCAGAGGGUAUAAAACCGGAACCCACGGCACGAAGGCUCGAGAGCUGUCUGAAUAUUUUCAAACCAUCACCUUCAAUCGAUCCAUUGCUCUAAAAACUACGUGGAUAGGCAUAAAUAGCACAUUUGCGUGCCGACGGGAUAAAUUUAUACCUCAACCACACCGAGCUAUGUAAUUGCUAUCAUAGCGCCUUGAAUUAUGUGAUACAGCAUCCUAUUGUUCUCCAGCGCAGCCUUUUUGCCCUGUCAAGCAAGUUCGACGAGAUGUAAGUCUAGCUAGAUCUGGUGCUAGCUUCGGAGACAUAUUCGACCCAGAAAGUAUCCGAGUGGCGUUUUAGUUACACUGCCAUUGGCCAGCGUCGACCACGAUGAACAUGAGCAGAAUAUCUACUUCGAGGUAGAGACCGAGCUGCAAUUUCGUAUAAGGUCUUUCAUCGAAAUAAUUCAAUCCUGCUGUAAACCGUCUUUCUCCACAUCCCGCAGCAUCUCGAACUGUCCAGAGGUCUUCCACCUCGAAAGAUUUAAAUAGGACCAACAUUCCCCUCUCAAAAACACGAUUCUUAGAUAGAUAUUUGUUUGUAUUCUAAUUCCAUUAAACCUAUACUUUACAUAUAUCGCACCUCUACUUAAACAUUCCGUAUCUUCCGUGCAUCUCAGCCCCUCAUCUCAAUCUCGCUUUUACAGACCUGCACGCCGAACCAUUAGUAUUCUCACCAUGGCAUCUGCCCAUCGAACUCCCUCGGACGCCCCUAGUGGUCUAGAUACAUUGGCUGCUGUCAACGAAGAGUUCUGGAAUAACUCCGCUGAGACCGUCUUCAAAGAGUCAUGGGUGCUAGAAUUUCAAGCGAAUCUGUGCACGUUUCUAGAGAAGAACAUGGAUUGGCUGGGUAUCGCUAAUGAUCGUACACUAGCCGCGGAGCGGAAAAUGCUCGAUUAUGCCUGUGGAAACGGGUUUUUGACAAAAGUCUACCAUCCCUUCUUCACUAAAUGCGUCGGCAUCGACCUAGCUGCCGGCAUGGUUAAGCAGUACAACGACGCCGCUGCCGAGCUAGGUCUCUCGCCGGAGAAAAUGUACGCAGUGAAGGGGGACUUAUCAUCACCCGUGUCCGCGCAAGAACCGCCCAAGCGAGAAGAUGCCACCGCAACAGACUUAUCCCGUGACGAGUUUUUCAACUUCAAUUUCGCCGGGGUAGCCCUGGCGCUGCACCAUAUGCAGAAUCCGAAGGCGGCCAUCGUGAAGAUGGCUGACAGACUGAAGAGCGGCGGUGUGAUUUUGGCUAUUGAUUUGUUGCAAUCUGAGGCGAAAGAUGGGGAGGGGAAGGGCAGUAAUCACCAUCACCAUGAUGAUCAUCACCAUAAUCAUCAUGGCGGUCACUCUCACGGCCACGGUCAUGGCCAUGGUCAUACGGAUGCAGCCAACGCUCCACAUGCCCGCGGCCCUGCAGGGCACACCAUUUCUCACGAGCACCCUACCUUCUCACUCGAGUUGAUUAAGGCCAUGUUUACCCGUGCCGGGCUGGUUGAUGUAGAUGUUAUCCUUUCUGACUGGAAGUUGCAGUUACCAUUUGUGACGGAUCCCAACCAGAAGCUGUUUUUUGCGAGGGGGAGGAAGCCGUGAACUAAAAAAAUUCUGGGAAUGGACUUGAGGCCGAGUUAGUGAAGAUAUAUGAAGUUUUAGAAACUUAGAAUCAAGUGCAACGAAAUUUUACUGUGAUGGAUCAUUUUUCGAUCGAUUCCAGGUUGGGGCCACAAUGAAGCUAGGUGUGCGUGUAAAAUGAAUCCUAGUGUAUGUAGAGAGCAGAAACACAUCAGAUAUUUCAAAGCAUGGUAGAAGGUAAAGAAUCAUAGGAAAUGCAGCUUCCCAUCACUUGUAGCCUCUCACGUGUACUCAAUAAAUAUAGACAAAUGAAUAUAUUCACAAAAUAAUAUCUAUAUGUUAGAAACUGAGACAACAUCA